AAUCAGAGCAGCAGGAAAUACAGUUUGCUGAGUCUACGCCCCCACCCCUCUGGGUAGUCCAUUCCAGUUUGGGCCUCGUCUAUUUAUCUGGCAAUAACCCCACAGAGCUUCCUGGUCAGGUCUGUCGAACAAGCCCUUAAUUCUUCAUCCCUAUAAAAGAGGAAUAAGCAGCCAAGGGUGGAAGGCAGAUGGAGUGAGCAAGCCCAGUUGUUCUUUGCCAGGCCAAGAUCUGUUCUCCGAUGGAAGGUUUUUAUUUGAAGUACCAGCUCUCUUGCCAUACAAAAAUGUAACACAAUCCCCUAUACGUGACCUAGCCAUGGCAAGAAUGAGGAUUCUACAAAUUUUGGCUGGCUUGAUGCUACUGAUGACUUCUGGCAGAGCAGUAUUCCAAGGGAAACAAUUCAUCACAGCCUUCAUGGAAAAUUUUGAGACGAGAUGGCCCUCUGAAACCAAAUUGCAGCUGUUCCUCACCGGUUACAGCAGUUCCACCAUAGUAACCGUUACUUUGACCAAAAGUGCUAACCGGAAAAGUUACUUGGUUGAAGAAGGCCAGACUCUGCCAGUGGAAAUCCCAGUGACGGAAGAGAUGAAAGGCAGCGGCACAUUUGAGAAUUCGGUUUUGAUCCAGGCUGACAAGGACAUUUCUGUUGUCUUGAUGGACAGGAAGUUAUUUUCUGUUGCCACUACAACGGUAUACCCAGUCCACCAACUUGGCACAGAUUAUUACAUCAUUACUCCGGCUGGAACCAGAUCAACAGGCUACUUCAAAGAAUUUGCAGUCAUAGCUUGGCAGAAUCCGACACGAGUUGAUAUUCAUCUGAAAGGGAAAGUGGUCUUUGAUGGAAAGAGCUACAGCGCAGGAAGCAAACUCACAGUUAACCUCGGCGCUUUCCAGGCUAUCCAGCUGCAAAGCUCCGACGAUUUGUCUGGUGUCAGGAUUGAGUCAUCAGCACCCGUGGCCGUCCUGAGUGGGCACGUUUGUGUGCAGCAAAACUAUUAUUGUGACCAUGUUUCUGAACAGCUCCUGCCAGUCCCUAGCUGGGGCAACACUUUCAUUGUCCCUCCUGUGUUUUUCCAAGGCAGCGUUGAUCUUGUAUACGUGGUUGCAUCCCAAAACACACGGAUACAUUAUCAAUCCGGAGAUCUAAAAAGCUUUCAAGACAUGGUGGCUGGGGAGGUAAGCCACUUUGAAAUCCAAUACCCACAGGCCUUUUAUGUGUCUGCUAAUGCUGGAAUCCAGGUAUUUCUGUUCUUCACUGGCAUCAAGUCAGGAAAUACAGGCUACGAUCCAUUCCUCAUCAACAUCCCACCCAUAAAAAGCUAUGGCCUGUCCUACUAUACUGAUGGAAUGUACAAGUUUGAGAACUAUAUCACCAUCAUAGCCAAAAGCUCUGAAACCAGUCGUAUUACUAGGGAUAACUCAGCUAUUUCGGACAUUCAAUGGAGAGAGAUUCCUGGCGUACAGUAUUCAUGGGGGGAAGGCAGGUGGCCCACCAACAGCAGAUCUGUCUUGCUGAAGCAUCCUGACUCUCCCUUUGCUGUCUUCCUCUUUGGUACCAGAAACUAUGAAGGAUUUGGAUUUGCUCCACCACCUUUUGGCUCAGUCGCUCCAUCCGCCUCCCCAGUUUCAGUCCCAUUAUCCUGCCCUGAGAACAGCCACUAUGAGGCCUGUGGAAAUGCCUGCCCGGCUACUUGUUUUAACCGAACUGCUCCUUCUAAAUGCAACCUGCCCUGUGAAGAAAGCUGCCAGUGUGAUGAGGGCUAUGUCCGCAGUGAUGAGGCAUGUGUCCCAGUGAUGAGCUGCAGCUGCACUUACCAAGGCGUGAAAUAUGGUCCUUUGGAAGAGUUUUGGGGAGACGACUGUCGUACCCGCUGCAGAUGUGAACCGCGAUUAGGCCGAGCUACAUGCAUGAGGUCUUCGUGCAAGAGGAAUGAAAAAUGUGUCAUGGCCAACGGGGUUCUGGGCUGCCAUGAAGUCACCUACACCUCUUGUACCGCAUCUGGGGACCUUCAUUAUACAACCUUUGAUGGAAAGAAAUUUGAUUUCAUGGGGACCUGUGUUUAUCAGAUGGCAGGAGUUUGCAUUGACAAUCCCAGGCUCACCCCAUUUUUGGUCACAGUGGAGAAUAACAACCGAGGCAGCAAGGCCGUGUCCUUCACCAAAGUGGUGACUCUGGAGGUCUACAACAUGACUAUCAGCCUGAGCCAAGAGGAUCCACAAAAGGUUCAGGUCAAUGGCGUUUCUGUGAACCUCCCAUUCUCCUAUGAAAAUAAACUCAAGAUCUACAUCAGUGGCGUCCACGGCUUCAUCAAAACAGACUUUGAUCUGAGAGUCAGCUUUGACUGGUAUAGCUAUGCCAGGGUCAUUAUUCCCAACAGUUAUUCUGAAUCUGUCUGUGGACUCUGUGGUAAUGCUGAUCGAGAUCCCAGUGAUGAUUUCACUAUGAAAGAUGGUACUCAAACCAGGGAUGCAAUCCAGUUUGCAAAUAGCUGGAAACUGAAAGGGUCCCCUCAGUGCUCAGAGGGCUGUUCCAAUAACUGCCCAGUGUGCAGUGAAGCUCAGAAACAAAUUUAUGGCAGUGAACAUUACUGUGGUCUCCUCAUCGGAAAGGAUGGACCAUUCAAGCAGUGUAAUGCCGUCAUUGACCCAACAUACUACUUUGAGGACUGUGUCUAUGAUACUUGCCUUCACAAAGGUUUCCGCAAUGUUUUCUGCGGUGCCAUCAGUACCUACGCAAUCGAUUGCCAAACUCAAGGCGUUCAGAUUGAGGAGUGGAGAUCAGCUUCUACCUGCAGCCUUUCCUGUCCUCCUAACUCCCAUUAUGAAAUCUGUGGACCCGCCUGCCCUGCCACAUGUCAUAGCCACUUCACUGGUAAAAGAUGUGAUGCUCCAUGUACAGAAGGAUGCUUCUGUGAUUCUGGAUUCGUCCUCAGUGGUGAUAAGUGUGUCCCACUUACAGAAUGCGGCUGUGUGCACCAGGGCAGGUAUUACAAGAAUGGAGAGGAGUUCUAUCCACACACUUCAUGCCAGGAGAAAUGCCAGUGCAAGAACCAUGGUGUCAUUGACUGUCAUCAGUUCUCCUGUGGACAUGAUGAGGAGUGCAAGGUUGAGAAUGGCAUCCAGGGUUGCUAUCCUGUGGGGUAUGGAACAACAACAACAUAUGGAGGCCUUCAUUAUAUUUCUUUUGAUGGAAGAAGUUUUGGGUUCCGUGGCACUGGAACUUUUGUCUUGUCCCAGAUCUUUAGUGAGGAGGAUCCUCAACUGGAGACGUUCACUGUCUUGGUGGAGUAUGAAGAAAUUGAUGCUGGUUCUUUAACGCUAAUCAAAUCUGUUGUGAUCGACAUAAAUGGUACUACUAUUGUCUUGGAGAGGGGAAUGAAAUGGAAAGCUAUGGUGAAUGGAGAGGUCCAUAGUUUGCCAGUGAAUAUAAAAAAUGAGAAACUCUGGAUCACUCAGGAAGGAAACAAUAUAAUUUUCCAGUCUUCUGACGGAUUCACAGUCGUUUAUGACACUGCCUCCUAUGUCCACUUCUCUGUUCCCAUCACCUACCAGAGAAAGGUGCGUGGGCUGGCUGGCAACUUCAAUGGUGAUGAGAGUGAUGAUUUCAUGAUGCCCAACGGAACUCAGGCACAAAAUGUGGCUGCCUUUGGGGCAUCCUGGAACAUCCCUUUGGCUGGCAUCAGUUGCUCUAUUGGCUGUAUUAAAGAACGGCCUAACAUGCAUCCAGACGAAGUAAAGAGCUAUGAGGACGAGACUUCUUGUGGAAUGAUCAAGUCUGAGUCAGGCCCCUUUGCAGACUGCCACUCACUUGUGAAUCCCGAAGACUACUUUACUAACUGCCUGUAUGACAUGUGGGCAGCUGGGACCCAAGAACACCUCUGUCAAAGCCUUCAAGCCUACACAAUUGCAUGUCAGACAGCGGGAGCUCAGAUCGAAGCAUGGAGAACAGACUCCUUCUGUUCCAUGACCUGCCCAAACAACAACCAUUAUGUGACCUGCACUUCCCAUUGCGAUAUGACCUGUGCCAACUUGUACAUGCCACUGAAGUGCACAAGGCAUUGCUUUGAAGGCUGUCAGUGCAAUGAAGGUUAUAUAUUUGAUGGAGAUACCUGUGUGCCUAUAGACAAGUGUGGCUGUGUGCGUGAUGGAUUCUACCUCAAGGCUAAAGAGACUGUUUUCUCAAGUAACUGCACGGAAAAAUACACCUGCCAUGCUCCAGGACAACUCACCCAUGAAAAAACGACCUGCCCUCCGGAUGAGAUUUGCACACUUAGAGAUGGCGUGUGGGGCUGCGAGGCCAGAGAAGGCCAAUGUAAAGUCACACCAGAAGCCAAGUUUACCUCCUUUGAUGGAGCCUCGGGGAAGUACUUUUGCAGUGGGGUUUAUGACUUGGCCUCUGUUUGUGAUCAAAAUGAUGCCUCCUGGUUCAGGGCCUUAGUGAACAUUGGAAAGGAUGUGGAAGGUGACCUGGCAGUUGGGAAAGCUGUCUACUUUUACUUCCAGGAUGCAUCCAUCACUCUGAAGACCAAGAAUAAAAUAUGGGUAAACGGGCGCUCUGUGAAGUUACCAUACAAAGUCUCCAAAGCAGUAACUGUGAGCCAGGUUCAAGAUGGGUUACUGAUUGAUCAAGCCCCCCUGGUUCAGGUUCUGCUUCAUUUUGAUGGGCAGGUGACAGUGAAAGUCAGGGAGACUUUAUCUGAGAAGCUCUGUGGCCCAUGUGGAAACUUCAAUGGGAACAGAUCUGAUGAUCUGAAGCUGCCCAGCGGGAAAUCUGAGAUGGAUAUUGCCGAAGUCCUCCAUGCCUGGAGGUCCAAGGACUACUGACACUAUAACUCUUUGGGAAAUCCCACCACCACAUGCAGUGAAAGGCGGCAAGCAACUUCAGAGAAGUUCAGAUUCAGAGAAGAAGCCAUACAAUGCUCAAAAUGUUAACUAUUAAACUGUCUGGUACAGCAACAUCUCUAUAAUCCAAUGUAAUAAAAAGACAAGAUUAACUUCAAAAGCAUAACGUCCAACAUUUUUCAGAUUUGUUAUUACUGGGAAUUUCCCAGAGCUAGAAGGGAGCUUCGCUUAUUAUGCUUGAUGUAUAGCAGAAUUACCACUGAUUUACAUAAGUACUGUACUUAGAAAUAGAACUGUCAGUCAAUUAAAUAAAAUGUUCUUGAUUAUGAGUUUCAA